CUCAGUCUGAGCCGAGCGGGGACGAACCGGGACGAGCGGACAGUUCGGCUCCCACUCACUCACUCACCCGGUUCUAUGAGUGUGUUAUUGUACACGCGUGGGUGUGAGUGAAUGUAUGUAUGUAUGUGUGUGUGUGUUCGUGUGUGUUUGUGUGUGCGUGUCUCGUGAGUGUGUGUGUGUGUGUGUGUUUGACCCAAACUGUGGAUUAUUAUCGAUAAACAGCGGAGGAGUUCACGCUGAGCACGCCGCAAAACCCCCCGAGGCCCGAUGCUUCCCGCCAUCACCAUGGAAACAGAGGCCAGUCACAUGCUGGAGGCGGCGCUGGAGCAGAUGGACGACAUCAUUGCAGGGUCUAAAGCAGCGGCGGGGGAGUUCUGCAACAGCGUGUACGACCUGGGUUCUCCCGUCAGUGUCGGCCCGCUGCACGUCGUCCACUUAGCUGAGGAGCUCAAACUGGCUCUGGAGCUCCAGCCCAACCAGGAGGAGCGAGACGGCCUGAGAGCUCAGUUACACGCCGACACGGCUCGGGCUCUGAUGGACUGGCUGCAGAGCGGAAACGUGAACCUCAGUUCUCCAGCCAACAAUGAAACCUACCAGGAGCGACUGCUUCGCCUAGAGGGAGACAAGGAGUCUCUGGUGCUACAGCAGCGAGACUCAGAACAGGUGAGCGUUCUGACCGACCAGGUGGAGGCGCAGGGAGAGAAGAUCAGAGACCUGGAAAGUUCUCUGGAGGAACAUCGUCAGAAACUGGCCUCCACCGAGGAGAUGCUGCAACAGGAGCUGGUCAGCAGAACUUCUCUGGAGACUCAGAAGCUGGACCUGAUGGACGAGGUGUCCUACCUCAAACUGAAGCUCACAGAGGUCGGCAUGGAGGAGACGGACGGCGACGACGCGCGACCACAGGACUCUGCGGACGCCAAGCAGAACAAAGCUGAGUGUGUGGUAAAUCUCAUCAGUGAGCUCCAGGAGCAGAUGUGCAGGUUUCAGGCAGAGAUCAGCACUCGAAUCCAGGAGAAGCGAGCGCUGGAGGAGCAGGAGGCCCAGUGGGCGGAGCCAAGCGGCAGCCGGGCCCACGGCCCCGCCCCUCAGCCGGGGUCGUCCGGCUCUGGCGCCUGGAUGCAGAACGGAGGACAGACUGUACAUGAUUUGUCGCAGGAAGUGAAGCAGCUGAAGAGCAAAGUGGACGAGCUGGAAGGAGAGAAGAGCCGAUAUGAGAGGAAACUGAGAGCAACCAAGCUCUCUAUCUCUUACUCUCUCCAUGUGUGUUACCAGUCGCUCAUGACUCAGCGGUCCAGCCUGAAGCUGACUGUGGAGCACACGCAGCUGGAGAAGCAGCAGUGGGAGGAGCGCUGGCGCGGCGCACAGACGGAAAUCUCAGGUCUGCAGCAGCUCCUCGCCUCCAAAGACGCCGAGAUCGAGUGUUUGCAGACACAGCUGUUGGUCAGAGACGGCUCAGCCAACGACAACGCAGAGAGAGAGGAGGUGUAUAUCAAGCAGCUGAUUAACAAAUACCAGGAAUACCAGAGGCUCAAAGCGGGGAUGGAGUCUCUGCUGGCGUCAAAUGAUGAAAAGGACCGUCGUAUCGAGGAGUUGACCAUCCUGCUCGGUCAGUACAGGCAGCUGAGGGAGGUCAUGGCUCUCACACAGGGAAGCAGUGAGGAGGAGCUGAGCAGCAGUUUGAAACUCAGAGCCAUCGCACACAAAGCACAUUCUGAUAUUCUGCCACGCUCAGAGAAGUUUUCUCGAGGACCUCCACUCUUGUUGUCUUCUUCUCCUUAUCAGAGGGAUGUAGACAUAAGCAGCCAAAACUCCAUGGACGUGUCUCUGGCGUCCAUGACAGAUAUGAGCUUCUUUAACGGGUCGUGGCAUCAGCGCAGGUUACUGUCCAGCAGUCUUGAGGAGUUACAGAGUGGAUCUUUAAAAAAGACUGUAGAGAUCCAGGCUGCUGACAGUGAAUCAGAUGUAGAGCCAGAGAAUUGUCACCUGGAGUUGAACAAAUACCAGACUCUUCCUGGGAAACUGAGUAAAAAGAGUGAGGAGAGGAAGCUGCAGCUGAACGGAGACUCGGAAUAUUUGUCUCCUGUUCACGAGCACAGACUGAUCCGCUGCAGGAGUGCCAGUGCUCCAGCUUUAGGAUCUCCUGGGAAACAUGACCUCUGUGAUGUUGGGCAUCCAGAGAAGCUGGAUGAGUACAUCCUCUCGGACCAGUCCCCUCUGUCCUCUGGAGUGGACUCGGGACAACAGUCGCCCGUCUCACCCGAGAACAGGAAGAGCCACAGGGGCAUUAGGAAACUCUGGGGGAAGAUACGUCGCAGCCAGUCGGGCAGUCCCGUCCAGGUCCACGACUCAGAGCUGGGAGAGUUUAAGAGGGGAGGUUUCAGAGCCACAGCUGGACCUCGACUGGCCCGUUCAGGAAACAUGAGAGAGCUGAAGAUGCCGUUUUCCAAGUGGAGCACGGAGCAGGUGUGUGACUGGCUGGAAGACGUCGGUUUGGGCCAGUACUCCAUCUCUGCUCGCCACUGGGUCACCAGCGGUCAGACUCUACUGUCGGCGAGUUCUCACGACCUAGAGAAGGAGCUGUUGAUGAAGAACCCGCUCCACAGGAAGAAGCUGCAGUUAGCCACAAAGACGUUUAGCAGCAAACAGCCCGUGAAGUCGGCAGAGCUCGAUUACAUCUGGGUCACUCGUUGGCUCGACGACAUUGGUCUGCCUCAGUACAAAGACCAGUUCAACGAAGGAAGAGUGGACGGACAGAUGCUGCAGUACCUCACUGUGAUCGACUUAUUAUUCCUCAAAGUGACGAGUCAGCUCCACCACCUCAGCAUCAAAUGUGCCAUUCACGUCCUCCACGUCAACAAGUUCAACCCGUACUGCCUCAAACGCCGGCCCGGCACUGAGGGCCAGUUUUCUCCCAGUGAAGUGGUCCAGUGGUCCAACCACCGGGUCAUGGAGUGGCUGAGGUCUGUGGACCUGGCAGAGUACGCACCAAACCUGAGGGGCAGCGGCGUGCACGGAGGCCUGAUCAUCCUGGAGCCUCGCUUUAACUCGGACUCGCUGGCCAUGCUGCUGAACAUCCCUCCUCAGAAGACCCUGCUGAGACGCCACCUGACCACCAACUUUGACAGUCUGGUGGGAGCACAGGCCCAGCAGGAGAAGAGGGAGUACACCGAGGCGGCGGGCUACGCCCCGCUCAGCAUCACGGCUAAAGUCAAGCCAAAGAAGUUGGGCUUCUCCAACUUGGCGACUCACCUCAGGAGAAGACGUCAGGACGAGUCCACGGAUUACGUCUGUCCCAUCGAGGCAGGGCAGGCUGCGGUGAACGGGGCCGAGAUGCGUCCCUACGCCGCCCUCAGGGGCCUCAGCCCCAUCCUGGACAGAGAGCCCGACCCGUGCGGGGAGCAGGUGGGCCUCGGCGAUGGCAGGGCAGACCCGUCUCCAUGACGACGACACCUGUGACGCCAACAUGGACGACAGUGUUGUCACACUUUCAGUCAAACGGCUACUACUCUGCUUCCUUUGCGCUUGCGGCCCGUAAUACCUCAGCCCAUGCCACGCCCCUCCCCCUCUAAACCCCACCCCCUCACUCUGAGCCCUGUGCCUUAUCCUGUGACGGCUUCACAGUCUCAGCUGCUGGACGUGAGCGGUCACUGACCCCCUAAACCCUUUUUUUAAGUUUUCUGAUGACUUCAUUCCCACUCAGAUGUCUCACUAACCCCCGACCUCAGCCUCAAACCUGUGCCAUGAUGGAACUCAUCAGGAGAGGACGCCUCUCUCUGGACUCUGUAACCCACACAUGCAGACCAUUGUUGUACAGUAUUAAAGUGACAGUUUGGGAUGUUUGUUUUUUUCUUUUUUAAAUGUGGUUGUGUGAGGAUUCUUAAAUACAGCUGACGAGACUCUGCACGCUCCCUGUGACAGCGGAGUUUUUAACAUCUGAAAUAAUGCAUUUUCUGGCAGUUUGUAAUCAGCUUGGUCCCUCACACCAAAGUCCAUAGAGAAAAUCAGCGAUUUAAGCUUGCAGGAACAUAGGAGCUGCUGGUCAACUGUUGCCUCGCUCGGUACAUUUUUGUCGCUAAGGUAAAUCUGAACUAGGGAUUUCAAAGGCUGAAGUCGUAAAAUAAUGCAUUUAAACUCUGUGUUAGGGGCAGCAGUGACCUGAGAACGACUGAUUGCCUUGGUGUAAAAAACUCUGAUUUUCUCUAUGGACUUUGGUUCAGGGAGACGAUCUGUUAACAAACUUUAAUAUCUUGUCAGGAAAAGACUGUAAAAAAGCAGCAAAUAUUAUAUUAAGAUUGUGUACACUUAACCUGACUCGGCUUUUGUAAGGUGAGCCUCUUGUUAGUGGCUAAAAUCAUUCCUGACGUUCCUUUUCAGCACACAAAGCAAACAAUUACCUCAUACAACCAGACUUGAAAAAAAAAACCUGAACUCUCUCUUUAAACCCGGGUGGGGGGGAGGGGGGGGGGGUCACUCCAAUGACCUAGGGACCACUGAGUAUCUAAUUUGGUCAGUAAGGGACCGGUCGAGUGAAGAAAAAAGUGGAAAAUAAUAAUAAUAAUAAUUUAUGCUGAUAUUUGACAUAAUUUCAAAAUAAAAGUGUUCGUUUUGAUAUGGAACAAUAAAUAGCUGACAAUAUAAAAUUAUUUAUGAUACAAAAUUGAUCUGAGUUUGAGACCGCUGCGUUAACACAGGUGUGUCACAUGGCUGAAAAAUGUACAUGUGCAAUAUUUGCAUAACGGAGGGUAUAAUUUAAUAUAUUUAUAUGUUACUGCAGAUUUAAUCAUGGAACAGCAUGUGUGUUGUUUAAAACCUGAGGUGGUGAUUAUUAUUAUUUUGUACUGAUAUUUUCACAUUUGUCUGUAAUAGUAUUUUUAUAGCAAAAGAAAAUCCUGCUCCGUUCAACGACAGCAUACAUGUGCUCGUGUAAAUAAUGACGAAAUCGUUUAAUAAACAGAAAUAUACGUGUGUUAA